CAGUUGGAGUCCAUAUGUUUUAAUCAAAUAUAGGCCCAUGUCACACUACAAACAAAUCACUUUGCUCACAGCGCUCUUCAGAUUGUCCUAAUUAAGAGCUGUCUAAUUAAAUUACAGCCUCGAGUUAACCAAUGGCAAUACUUGUUUCAUUAGCGAAGCAGGCAGAGUGAUGGAAAGAAAAUCCUUCCUGAUUGCAGGAUGGUGUCAAUUGGCUAAUUUGCUGCCUUCGGUAUCUCAAGUCAUCGCAAAGGCGUUUUCGUAGUGUUACAUUAGGAAAAGGCGUGUGCAAAAGCCUGUGAUAUAGGUUGAGCUAAUAGUAGCUUCCUAUUGAGCUAUGCAGGUCGAGAAUUGCAUCUCGCCGGCGAGUGAUCUCUCCAAGAAAUUUAUGAAUGUGGGCAGUGGCUUUCCGAGCUCCAAUGGAUCAGAGCUUUCGUUGCAGGACCAUCCUAUUAUAUCCGCAAGUGACAACCUGGAGAGAAGUUCACCUCUGAAAAACUCUAGGGAGAUGACGAAUCAGUCAGAGGCAGACAAUUUUCCCGACUCCAAGGACGCAUCAGGGGACGUCCAGAGGGGCAAACUCUCUCCUGAUCUUCACGGAGUCUCUGACAUCCGUCAUAAUUUCGAUGGAUCUGCAGGAGAAAGGUGCAUCUUUUCACCAUCCACCCAGCCGCAGUCAGUCUCAGCAGCUCCCAGUGCCAUGUUCCCCUACCCGAGCCAGCAUGGACCAGCGCACCCGGCUUUUUCUAUCGGGAGUCCCAGCCGCUACAUGGCCCAUCACCCGGUCAUAACUAAUGGAGCUUACAACAGCCUACUGACCAACACUUCUCCGCAAGGCUACCCGGCGGCGGGCUACCCUUACGCGCAACAGUAUGGACACACGUACCAAGGAGGGGCUUUUUACCAGUUCUCCUCGGCGCAGGCAGGACUGGUUCCGGGGAAAGCGCAGGUGUAUCUGUGCAACAGGGCCCUGUGGCUGAAGUUUCACAGGCACCAAACAGAGAUGAUCAUCACAAAGCAAGGACGACGAAUGUUUCCAUUUUUAAGCUUCAACAUUUCUGGCCUCGACCCAACUGCUCACUACAAUAUAUUUGUGGAUGUAAUACUGGCUGAUCCAAACCACUGGCGUUUUCAAGGAGGAAAGUGGGUGCCAUGUGGAAAAGCAGACACAAAUGUGAUAGGCAAUAGGGUUUACAUGCACCCGGACUCUCCAAACACUGGUGCGCACUGGAUGCGUCAAGAGAUCUCAUUUGGAAAGCUAAAGCUGACAAACAACAAAGGUGCCUCGAACAACACGGGACAGAUGGUGGUUCUCCAGUCUCUCCACAAGUACCAGCCCAGGCUCCAUGUGGUGGAAGUGAACGAGGAUGGGACAGAGGACACCAGCCAGCCGGGGAGAGUCCAGACUUUCACCUUCACAGAAACGCAGUUCAUCGCCGUCACAGCUUACCAGAACACCGAUAUUACGCAGCUGAAAAUUGACCACAAUCCGUUUGCUAAAGGAUUUCGGGACAACUACGACACUGUCUACACAGGCUGCGACAUUGACCGCCUAACUCCAUCACCGGGUGACUCUCCGCGUUCACAGAUCGUGCCGGGUGCGAGAUAUGCCAUGCCUAGCUCUUUCCUGCAGGACCAAUUUGUCAGCACUUAUGCCAAAUCUCGCUUUCACCCUGGCGUGGGGACUGGUCCUGGCACGGAGCGCAGCGUCCCACUCGGCAACAGCUUGCUAUCCCCGCAGCAAACCGAGGAGCCCACUGUUGCCACCCCCCCGCAGCGAUGGUUUGUCACCCCUGCCAACAACCGACUGGACUUUGCUGCCUCGGCAUACGACGCCGCUGAUUUCGCCGGUAACGCGGCCACCUUGCUGUCCUACGCAGCGGCCGGAGUUAAGGCUCUUCCCCUGCCGACUGCAGGCUGCUCCAACCGGCCUCUUGGCUAUUACGCAGACCCGUCUGGCUGGGGAGGACGCACGCCGCCGCAGUACUGUGGUGUAAAUAGUAAAUCCAGCUCGGUCUUUUCCUGCUGGCCCGCCAACUCAAUCGGCGGCAGAGCCGGCACCAACUACCUGUCCGAGGAGGGAGACUCCAUCACGACGGAGAGGUCACCGAUCGGGGCGUCGGAAGAGACCAAACCCAAAGACCUGACGUCCGAGUCGAGCUGGAUAGAAACGCCGUCCUCCAUAAAGUCCAUCGAUUCCAGCGACUCUGGGAUCUUUGAGCAGGCCAAAAGGAGGAGAAUCUCACCUUCUGCCACGCCGGUUUCAGAGACAGUGUCCCCGUUAAAAUCCGAGCUGCUGGCACCGAGAGAGUGUGAGAAGAACUGCACAAAGGACAUUGGUUACUACAGUUUCUAUCCUCACAGUUAAAACAAAGGAAAAAGUGAAUCUAUCUAUCUAUCUAUCUAUCUAUCUAUCUAUCUAUCUAUCUAUCUAUCUAUCUAUCUAUCUAUCUAUCUAUCUAUCUAUCUAUCUAUCUAUCUAUCUAUCCAGAUUUAUCAAUAAAAAAUAAAAACAAAAAAAUCAUGAAAAGGACUGUCACCUCCACAUCUAAUGGCCAAAGUGUAAAUUCAGUUCUGCCAUAAGUUGGGCGCCUUGUUUCCAGUCAGAAUCACUGUAAAUAUGAACAUAGUGUACAUAAAACUGGACAUUUGGUGAUAGUGAUUGUAUCUACACAGAAUAGGCUAGUUUAAAUCUGAUCCAUAAGUAGUGUUUAAAAAAAAGAAAAGAAAAACCUCGAACAUUCUGGAGAAUGUGUACAUGAAAUGUUCUUGUGUAGCAUAUACUGACAUAAUAAUCCCUGUCAGUGGAAAAAAAAAGAAUCAUAUGUAUUUUGUACUUUAUCAAAGCUGUAGGCUGCCAGAGGUCUAACUAACUCACUGCUACAUUCAUAAUACAUGUGCUUAAAGAAGUUCUAAAUGUUGCUAAUGUAGACUUAGGGUCUCUUAUUUAUUUCUAUUGAUUGAUUUCAGCCGCUUAUUUUUCAUAGCUUUGUAUGCUAUGCUGUUGUGGAAAAUCUCUGUAUCUGCUGUAAUGUGAUUGAAACAUAAUAAAUGAUGUUAUCAUCAGGA